UGAAACCUAGAAAUACUAUUCAACAGUUUUAGUAACGCGAGCGAAAGUCAUUUACAAUUGGAAGUCAAUCGACUAAGGUCUCUUGUGAAUUCAGCCACAAUUUUCAAAAAAAAAAAAUCCUUUUUUCCAAACAAAAUAUUUACUUAACAAAAAUUUACAAGUUUAAAAAAAAGACCAAAAAAUUGAAAUAAAUUUCAAAUAAAGAAACGAGUCAUUAAGAUUAAAAACGAAUUUGCAUAGAAUAAGUGAAAUUUUUCCAACGACCUUUGUCCUCUCUGGAAAUACACAAGAUUGUUAUCAACGAAAAUUUUACAUUUAUUUGUUAUCAGAAUAGAUUCAUUUAAAAAAAAAAACAUCAGUUCCGAAUUUUCAAUUUCAGAAGAGAAUAUUCAUAGAGAAAAAUGGCGAAAAUUUACUCGGCGAAUGAAAUUUCACAGCACAGUGAGGAAAAUGAUUUGUGGAUGGUGAUACACGGAGGAGUUUAUGAUUUAACAAAAUUCCUAAAAGAACAUCCAGGUGGUGAAGAAGUUCUCAUUAAUUUGGCAGGUAAAGAUGGAUCUCAAUGUUUCGACGACAUUGGUCAUUCCUAUGAGGCAAUAACACUUCGGGAAUCAUUUAAAAUUGGCGAAACUAAUGAGAUGCCAAGUGAAAAUACUGAAAAAAAUAAACCAAUCUCAUCGGAUCAUUCAAAUAAUGAUAAUGACAAUAAUUGGCAAUAUGAGGAAUCAAAAAAAGAAACAUCAUCAUCGUUCUUCUUUCCAAUUGCCAUGGGUCUGACCGUUUUAAUUUACGCCAUAAUAUUUUAUCGUGUCUAUUUUUAAUUAAUAAUAAUUACUAUGUAUCAAAUAUGAAAAAAAAAAUGUAAAAUAAAAUUUUCUACUAAAUUA